CAUCACGUCCAUAGAUAAAGCUCGUUGCAGCUCUUGAUUUCGCUCGUCACGACCGAUUGCACGACCUAAUUCAAAAUGGCCGAUUCCACUGUCGCCCGUCCUCCUCCCAGCGCCAUUUCCCGGCCGCUUAGCGAGUCUCUUCUCAAUGAGAAGUGGGAUCGCUGCCUCUCCAACCUCCUCGUCAAGUCCUCCCUCGGUCUCGGUUUCGGUGUCGUCUUCUCCGUCCUUCUGUUCAAGCGAAGAGCAUGGCCCGCAUUCGUUGGUGUCGGCUUCGGUGCUGGCCGUGCCUAUGAGGAGUGCAACUUCAGCCUGAAGCAGGCUGCGCGAGAACUUAAGAAGCAAUCCGCAUAAGGUAUUACAGUGGUGGGCGCCAAUAAAGAGAGACGAGCCGUUUAUUUUGUACCAGCAACAAACACACCAGAAAAUGGCGAUGUGUUAAGGGAUGACACAGGGAACUUUGCCGCGGGCUUCACGGAGAGCCAAUGUCAGAGUAGGAUGGGUUUUUCAGAUUCAAUAGAGGUAUCAUGUACAACAACCUGCCAUUCCUGACCUUUCACCAGUCUUCAUCCUCGUUGUCCCUGUAGUCUACAACAAGGGGCUGUCCCACUGUUGCGCCUCCUCAUAUGUUGCUGCGUUCAUCGUUGGUCGAAUCUGCCUUCUCUGUGUCCCCAUAGCGUCCUCGUCCCUUCCUGUUGCGGACAGCGGGGAGUCCAGGUACUCAAAGCAGCUCUCACAGUCUGUGACUAAUUCUGAGCUAUUCGUGGAGAAACUCAGUAACUGGUCAAUGCUAAAUCUUCGCGCUCCGCUUGUGUUUGUGUUUUCCAGCCGGCUCCUCGAGGGGAUUGUAAGUAAAGAUAGGUUGCGUUUUAGGUUAAUCAGCUCCAAGCGGAGCUCUUCAGCCAAAGACUGGCUUCGCCUUCGGACACUCUUGAUGAAUGAAGCCUCAUGGUCAUGAUAUGUUCCAUCUCCUUGAUCUGCCUGGUGCAACAUAUUCCAGUGCGUCUCACGC